AUUCCAUUCCUUUAGUUAUCUGAAAGCAGUCUGAGGAAACGGUUGCGGGCUCGUCGCUACCGUAUGAUAAGCAAUCGUCUAGUUGAAAUUGAUCGGCACUAGUGGUGAUUAUUAGCUAGUGUUUAGUUUUCGUUUUCAUGCCACCACAGCUUAACAACACAUACACGUCUACCGUCCACGCCACCAAGCACGGCAAGAGAUGUACACAUACGUUCACAUAACUAAAUAAUAAAUACAUAUGUACAUACAUACAUACAUUUAUACAUAUGUAAAUAGUUAGUGCAUCGCGCAACAGUAAAACGUGCUUUCAGUUUUUCAAUAUUCGAUUCUUCAUUCGCCCAUUUGUAUUUUGCUUUAUGUAGUAUUCUUUAAAAAACUAAUGAACAAAAAAAAAAAAUAAAUAAACACACUUGCGUACGUUGAAACCCAAACAUACAUACAUACAUAUAUAGAGUGUGCAGGCAUAUUUUAAGAAAAUAUAAUUACAUGACACACAUACGUAUGUAUCGUAUGUGCGCGUAGUGUUCGAAAAACAAACGCAAACGGAAGGCAAAAAGUGAAAAGUAUUUAAAUUUAGUAAAUCGAAACGAGCUGUGACUACAAGAAGCAAAUGAAUAGUCAACACACAAGUAAAGACAAUUCGAAAAUAGCAACAUAAAAAAAGGUAAAAGUAAAUGCAAAGUUAAAAGAGGAAAUUCUUAAGUUUUGUGAACGGAGCACACAGCAAUAUUGCCAGCAAAAGCGCGAAGCAGUAUUUGCGCCGAUUGUUUGUUCACAUAAUAUUCAACUAACACACCAAAGGCGUGCGCGUACGAUUUACCACACACAAGCACUCACACAACUUGGUGAUUGGGAGCGAGUUCAAGUUGCUCACACACACUCACACACAAGUGCAAACGAAAAGAAAGGCGAACUGGUGUAGAAAGUGUCGCCCACAGUCUACGUAGUAGACCGCCCUCUGAAUUCACGCCAGGUGCAUACGCGUGAGGCGAUCCAUCGGUGCAACCAUUCUGAACAACAUAGAAAACAACCGUUGUUGCUUUCGCGCAUGCAAACAGCUGCAACUGCGUCAGACGUUCGGCGCGGCGAACACCAUUCAACGACGACAAAGCUAACAGAGAGAUAACAACUAUCAACCAAAACAACCACAGAGUGCGUAUAUAUGCGAUAAAAACAAAACAAUAAUAACAACGAUUGGGCCAUAAUAAUAAACAAAGACGACAACAACGACACCAGCGACAAACGGCAACGCAGAGAAUUGUGGAUCGACGCCAACGACUAAAUUUGUCGUAUUAAUUUAUUUAUUUAUUCAACACACUGCAGAAUAAAUGGCAACACAGAGCUCGAGAGCACAUGAGGAGGCCAAAGCUGUUGCUGAGCCGCUAAAUGGAAAAGAUGAAGACUACGAAAUUGAUGAAGCAACAGCAGCGGUAGUUGUUCCACCGGAUAGCGGCUGGGCAUGGGUUGUGAUGGUAGCAUCAUUUUUAUGUUGCACGGUACUAGACGGCAUCGUAUUUUGUUCUACUUUUAUUCAAAACGACUUAAUCAAGGAGUUUGAAGUGACAAAAGGUUAUGCGGCACUGGUGUCUUCACUGCUUAGCGGUUGCUAUUUAAUGGCUGGACCAUUUGUAAGUGCAUUAGCAAAUCGAUUCGGUUUCCGCCCUGUAGCUAUGGUUGGUGCACUAUUUGCCGCAGUCUGCUUUGGCAUAUCAUAUUUUGCUGUUAGUAUCGAGGUCUUAUUUAUAACAUAUGGAAUUCUCGCUGGCAUUGGCUUCUCCAUGGUCUAUAUACCGGCCGUUGUAAUUAUUGGAUUUUAUUUUGAAAAAUAUCGCGCUCUGGCAACUGGUAUUGCUAUGUGUGGUUCUGGUGUGGGCACCAUUGUAUUCGCCCCAUUAACUGACAUGUUGCUUAAGUCGGGUUGGAGAUUCACACUCUUAAUCCAAGGUUGCAUAAUUGCGUUAUGUGCAUUGUUCGCAUGCGCGUUUAGACCAAUUCAGCCCAUCACACUGGCUGUUGAUGAAGACACAAACGAGAACAAGAAUGAUAAUGAGAAACGCAAUGGACAUGGCAAUAUUGUUGCACCAACGCCUCAACUCCAUCAAGCUGCCUUUACUAAACCACUGCCUGAAGGACGUUUCGCAUAUUCAAUGCCGAAUUCAGCACAUAACACCUAUAUGGGGGCGUCUCCCAAACAUCAUUAUCCAACAGCGGCAGAAGUCUUUAGAGGUGCUAAUAUUGAACGUCGCCUCUCGAACUCUUCCGGCAAAGGCACCGAAUUGAAAGCUCUGCGAAAAUCACAGCCAACCACUCCGAACGGCGAGCCACAACCCUCCCAACUUCACUUCAAUAUUAACAAAGAAUUGACAACAGUUGGAGAGAAUGAAGAAGAAACCGAGAAUGAGAAUUUAAUCGAAACUGAGGCAAAACCAGCUAUAAUACAGGCACGCAGACAUACAGUAUCUGGCAGACGGCCAAACGAUAUCGUUGGAAAGAAGAGUGCAGUCGGUUCGCAAGAUACCGUACACAAUAUCCACACUAGACCAAUGUAUCGCGAUGAUAUUUUCUUCACUGGCUCAUUAGCACGAAUCCCACAAUACCAAUCACAAACUUCACUCGCCUAUCAUAUGUCGGUGACACGUCUGCCAACCAAACAGGAUAUGCUUGAAGAUCGCCAAAAGGGAUGCCGUCUCUGUCCCGAAGCUGUGCGGCGCACCUUAUCGACGAUGUUGGACACGUCACUGCUGAAGUCGCCAUCCUUCAUGUGUCUGGCUUUCAGCGGUUUUCUCACCAUGAUGGGUUUCUUUGUGCCUUUCAUGUUCUUGAGAGAACGCGCCGAAGCGGCGGGCAUGGACCAAAGUACGGCACUUAGCGUCGUUUUCGGCAUAGGCUUGGUUAACACAAUUGCUAGGUUAGUUUGCGGUACGGUCAGCUCGAUCCCCAGCGUGAAACCACUUUGGCUGAACAAUGUGGCAAUCACAGCAGGUGGCCUGGCGACAAUUUUCAGUGGUGUGCAGAUAACAGUUGUGACUCAGUGGGCAUUUGCUAUCUUCUUUGGUGUUUGUAUUGCUUGUUUUUCGGCGUUGCGUUCCCUAAUUGCCGUGGAAAUGAUUGGAUUGGAAAAACUAACUAAUGCCUUUGGUUUCCUUAUGCUGUUUCAGGGAAUUGCAGCCACAGUUGGAAAUCCUAUUGCAGGCAUUCUCUAUGAGCUGACACAAGACUACAAUGCUGCGUUCUAUUUUUCUGGCGGCUUGAUAUUAGUUUCGGCAUUCCUCUGCUACCCAUUGACUUAUAUUGCUGACUGGGAGAAGGCGCGCAAUGAAAGAAACGCUGCGCAGAGUCCCCCAAGAGCCUAAGUAUAAUCAUGAAGUUAAAAUUCAAAUAAUAGAUACAACUGAAUGAACAUAUAACAAUAAAGUAGUAAAACUAAAGACUUGAAUUUAAAAUGUGUAUGUAUUGUACGUGUAUGUAUGUCCAUUUGAUUUAUACAUACACACAUACAUAUGUACAUAAGUUCGCAUGUGUGUCCGAGACGAAACUAAAGCUUCCUAACCGAAGUCAGGCAAAUAGCUUAAAUACAAUUAAUAAGUUAUACUGAUAAGUUACGAAAUUGUAAUUAAAUAUUUUCUAGAAUAUGCAUAUUUGCAUAGGUAAGUCGAAAAAUUAUUAUAUUUUAUUAGCAACGACUACGCUAAUUUAAUAUAAACUACAGUGUAACUUUAACAUUUAUAAUUUAUUAAUUUGUUAAAAAACAAAGGAACAAUUUAAUUAAUAAAAAAACAUGAAACAUAA